AUGGCAAUGCAACGACUAGCCCCGGAACUUAUCGCUCGCAUAUUCGAAUGCCUCACCACCAUCUCAGACAUUCUCAGUCUUUCUUUGACGUGCCGAUACUUGAACCAGGUUCUUUCCAAGUCGCAACAAUUAGCCCUGUUUUUUAGGGCUAUGGAUAAAGAGAUGGGACCAUUGGAAGACAUCUUACAACUCUUGACCCAAAACAACAACCAAGUGCUGCACCUGCAUCGUUCUCCGGUCUUUUCGUUCGCGCUACUUGCCCAAGUCAACACUAUUGCUCGUGUCGCCGACCGCUUUGUCCAGCUGUACCCCAGCUUCAGAUGGGCGGAAGCCAACAGCGCCCAGCGUCGCUUUCUCGAUGACUUUGAAGCACGCGGCCUGCGGCGUGCAGUAUACCGCUUCUGGGCCUACAAUCAGGCCUUUUCCGACAUAUCAUCUUCUCGCCCUGGACGCCCAGACUUGCUGGCAGCUGCGGAGCGUUUACAACUGCUGCGGUCGUGGUCCACAGAUGAUUUAUACGAGUUGGAGGAUCUACGCUGUACACUGGAACAACUAUUGGCUUCCGAGAUCUGCCCAACCGAUGGACAAAUAUCCGCCAGGGUUCCGGAGCCCACAAGACUGUCACACACAUAUAUUCGACCUCUCUUACGCCACAGCAUUCCCACCAGUGGUAUGGCUUUUGACAAUGUCUUCUAUAGCUCCCAUCAUGCACACGAGCUUGACCAAUCUCGGCCGUCUAUUCAGGAACUGCGUUUCCGACAUAUGCAAGGAUGGGGCAGUGAGCUCCAAAACUUUUAUCUUGUUCAAUCCUUCUUGAAGUGCUCUCCUGCACAGAUCCUAUGGCUGUAUGACAAUGUCGUCCUCAAACAGGAUGUUGAGCAAUAUAUUGAGCUCCAUACCCACGACCCGUGCUUCUUCGAAACUGGUUCCAUGCUGUUUCAUGAUUGGACCACAGUCCUGCAUGUUCGUGGGAUCGACGCGGAGAAGGCUAGAAAAGCGAUCUGGAGUGGGAACGCGGGCAUUGCCCCGGAAAUGGGAGAAUAG